CGAGUCAAGUCGUGGGUAAUACCUUUCAAGCAUCGAAGUUCGUGUACUCUAGCUAUUAGGCUGCCUUUCUUCCAAAGCUCAUAAAACACCGGCAACAAUCAACAAACCUUUCGGGACCUUACUAUACAACCCACGGCACUACCGUACCACCCACAGAACCACCAACCCUCCUCGUCUUCGUGCAUGGGCUGCUCCUCCUCUUCGAGAUUCCCCGCCACCUUUCCUGAUGACUUCAAACGCAACCACCUCAUUCAACGAAACGUCCUGGUGACGGAAGAGGCCAUACCCGGCCAUGUCGAGUUCUUUCGAUUUCGCACUCCAACCAGUUACAAGGGCCGAGCAUGGCAUUACGGAAAAUCGUUUGCUGUGGCGGUCACCACGGAAGGGCUGCACAUCUUUGUCAAGAGCCUACUGCUGGGAGGCGCCACUCACGCCAAACUGUUGAUUUCUGCUCCAUGGUCCGACCCAAGGAUCCAAAACGUGGUCUGCUACCCGCGACAAGCCAAAAACAAGAAAAACUCUACAACACUGGCGAUCCGCUUCGAUGCCAGUUGGUUUCACCAGGACAUGUCCGGUCGAUUUGAGCUUUGCAUGAAAGCAGAGCGAGCACAGCAGUUCCAAAACCACAUCCAAGACCAGAUCAGGCGACAUUCAAGGGAAGCAAGAAGCCUGGAAAAUCCAAAUAUGGGAGUCUUUGAUGCAGCAGGUUUGUUUUACCUAGCAAAACGCCCUGGACACGGGUACCGAUAACCAAAAAGAAUGAAUCAAUUAUAGAACAUUUAUUAGACAACAAUCUACUAGCUGGCUAGUUAGUGCAUUUAGCUUGGAAACAAAGCAACGACUUCACCUCAAGGACGAU